UCACUUUUUUUGACAAAGUUAAUGUAUAAAUAAUUAAAGCUAAUAAUUUAAUCAGUGAAGCUUCAAUUAUCUGUAGUUUUAGAUGUCUUAUGAACGAAUGAGGUAAAUAUGUUCACGGGGAGAUAACAAAAUCGACCUACUUUCUAUAAACAGAUAGCGUUUAUUUAAGACGUUUUAUUCACAAUUUUUACAUAAUUUCUGCUCUGUUACAUACUCAUGGAGGUCCGCUGAACUCACGUUGUUUUUAAUCCCGCUCUGCAAGUCGCGCUGACACAUCUCCUUUUUGAUUUUCUUUUGGAUUCUGGCCACGCUAGAGUUUUGUUGGAGUGUGUACAAGUGUAAAAACCAUGCCUUUCCUCCACGGGUUCCGGAGGAUCAUUUUUGAGUAUCAGCCGCUUGUAAAUGCUGUCAUGCGUGUUGUUGGACUUGAGGAAGAAGAUGGCAGUCAAGACACCAGUUGUGCCAAAAGUCCCGAGGAUGAGUCCAGUAGAAGCAGCUCUUUGGUGGAGCUUCUGGAACAAGAGUCCCAGUCUGAAGUGUUUUUGGAAGGCAUCAGCUAUGCCCUGUUUAAAGUGGCCGAGCGGGGACUUGAGUAUGCCGCAGAAAUCCUUCUACAAUAUGGAGCUGAUAUCAACUUUGAAGACCCAGUGUCUUACUACAGUCCACUACAUAUAGCUGUUCUAAGGAACAGGCCAAACAUGCUGAGGCUGCUUGUUGGACAUGGAGCAGACAUCGAAAAGAGGGACAGGAUUCAUGAGAGUAGUCCCUUGGACCUUGCCAGUGAGGAGUCAGAGAGACUACCCUGUCUGCUCACUUUGUUGGACCUGGGAGCUGAUGUGAAUGCACAAGACAAAAAUGGGAAAACACCGUUGCUCCAUGCAUUAGCGAGCAGCGACGGAUUGACCGUGCACAACUUAGAGAGCAUUCAGCUUCUUCUUGAAAAAGGUGCUGACAUCAACGCUGCAACCGUAGACGGAGAAACAGUUGAGUCAACGUUGGUCUUUCUAGUGAAGGAGGUGCUGGAGGCCAGCGUGGAGGAUGCUGCUGAGAUUGGUAACUUCUGCUUGAAAACCACGCAGCUGCUGCUGGCUCAUGGUAUGGACCCCAGCUGCUGUCUGAAAGAGGAUGGAGAGUCCUCCCUGACACAGACGAGCUUGGAGCACUUUGACCUGCUCUUCCCUUUGGUCAUGAUCCUAAUCCAGAGUGGAGCUCCUCUGGUCUGCUCCCACCAUAGUUACACCUGUUGGUCAGGUUACAACCUCAUUUUCCAAAGGCUUCAAACAGCCCUGCAGCAGUACUCCGAUCAGAGUCGUGCUACUGAGCUCCUGGAACAAGCUGAGCUGUUGCUGGACUUAGUGAGGGUGAGCUGUACCACACUGCGUCUCCCGUCUAGGGUGGAGCUCCCUGUGUCCCCUCAAGACUCUCAUCCAUAUGCUCAAGCUCUGGUUGACCUGCACAGUCGAGCGUUGGAGCGUGAAGCAAGCCCGCUGCCUUUACGUUGUCUUUGUAGGGCUUUUAUAAGACGUUACCUACAGCCCUGGCCUCUGGAGGACAGAGUCAAAGCCUUACCUUUACCUGACCGACUCAAAGACUUUAUUCUUCCUGAGCUUGCAUACACCCCAAAGCCCGGCUGGGACUGCUUCAAGCCUGAACAGAACCAGCACUAAGAUCACCAUUUGUCUAGUUGCUCUUCUCGCUAAGAUCUAAAACAAAAGUAAAUCUGAGAAAAACAUUUAAGAUUUUUCUGUGGAAAUGAAGCUGAACAAACCAUUUGAGGCCUUUGAUCUACGUACACAUUAGUUUAUUGUUACUGCCACAUACAAAGUUGUUUGUACAAUAAAUCACUGGUUUGUACCUUGUCUGUUAUAAAUAAAUAGCUGCAUAUUGGGAAUAGGAAUGCAUACAACUUGCAGUGCACAAGAUCACCACCAGAUGGCAGUGUUGCAUCUGAGCAUCAAAGUGAGUCCAAUUCUAUUCUUGCUGCACCCAUUAAAGUUAGUCAAGCUGAGUGGGGUUUAUCUAUAUUUUAGCUCCUCAACGUGAUAGUGGUGUAUUGUGUAAUUUAUAUUUUUCCACAGCAUGAUGCUGGAAUAAUAAAAAAUGUUUCAUCAAA